AUGUUUUCAGUAUCUAACAAAGUUUUAAAACCAAUUUCAAAUAAACAAAUUGUUUCGAAAAUUAUUGCAAGAAAUGCAAGUAUAAAUUCAGGAACUUCUGGUAUGUAAAUUAAUGUAAAAGAUUCGAAAAGGGACUAACAUUAUCUCACAGGUUCCAAAACAUGGCCAGAUUUUGCUUCAUUCCGUCGUGUUUUACAAUCUGAACCAAGAAAAGUUUUUGGAUGGUCAAUUGCAUUUUUCAUUGUUUUAUUUUCAUGGCCCUUGGCUACUCAUAAUGGUAGUGAUUAUUUAGAUCAAGUAACAAAAGCUAAAGGUCAAGAAGUUAUAGCUACUAGAACCGGUUUUAAUACUUUUGAAACAACAGUGGAUAUUCCUCAAACUUAUGCUCCAAUUGAUAAAGAAGCAGAUGAUGAUGAAUAA